AUGAUGUUCCGUGGCGGCGGCAGAGGCAGCGGCGCCGCCGCAUUCCCGCGUUUCGACGUGGCGGACGACGCAUCCGACCACUCCUAUCUGACCACGAAAAAGAAGGACGAGAAUCGCCUCCCAAACAUCUCCAAAGACGCGCCCAAGAAAAUUAUGCGGGAAUGGAAGAUCCUGGAGAAGCACCUGCCCGACUCGAUUUCGGUCCGGGUCUACGCGAACCGGAUCGAUCUCAUGACCGCCGUCAUCGUCGGGAGCCCGGGGACGCCGUACCACGACGGCCUCUACUUCUUCGACAUCAGGUUCUCGCCCGACUACCCGAAUUCGCCGCCGUGGGUCCGCUACCGGUCGUACGGGAUGCGGAUCAACCCGAAUCUCUACGCGAGCGGGCGGGUCUGCCUGAGCCUGAUCAACACCUGGGAAGGGAGAAGCUCCUCCGAGAAGUGGAUCCCGGGAAAAUCGACGAUUCUCCAGCUCCUGAUCUCGAUUCAGGGCCUGGUGCUGAACGAGAAGCCGUACUACAACGAGCCGUACGCCGCCGUGGGGGAGUUUUGGGGGGAAUUGCUGUUCGGCGGCCGGCAGUCGAGCGCGUACAGCGAGGACGCGUACUUGCUGUGCUGCAAGACGGUGCUGCAUCUGCUGCGGAAGCCGCCGAGGAACUUCGAAUCGUUUGUGAGGUCGCAUUUUAGGGAGAGGGGUUUUGGGAUCCUGGCGGCGAUGAUGGCGUACAGGAAUGGGGAAUGCAGAGUUGGGUAUUACGGGAUCGGUGGUGGUGGUGGUGGGUCGUCGGCUCUGGCGCGGAAGGGUCGGCCGUCGAGGAAAUUCAAGGCUGGGAUUAAGGAGCUGGUGCCUCAGCUGGCGACUGCGUUGGCCAAGACAGGGGCUUCAGUGGGGAAUUUCGUCGAGCAGUUGGAAGGCGAGAAGGUGGAGAGGGGAGUUGAUAUAUGGGCUUACCUCUCUCAUCCUGCGUUGUUUGGGGCUUUGGUUGGGCUUGCUAUUAUUAGUUUUGUUUUGUUUUAUUUUGAUCCAUGA